UCCUCCUCCGAAGAGAUCGUCUCCGUGACCUCCAUGAAGAUAUUUUUUUCCUACAAUUGUGUGGCUACCGCGGAGUUAAAUUCGACGUCGAAAUCAUGGUGGGACGGCAAUCGCAUUCCUGAGUUGAGUGACGAUUAACAACUGUCAAAGUCCGUCGGGUUUUUGUUCGUGGAUACUUGGAUUUUCGUAGCGUAUUUCGGCGAUGGAAUUGCAGCAGCUGAGCUCCUUGGGAGCGACUUCGUGUGCCCGAUCGUUGUGGAGCAACGGUGCUCAAGCCGCGCCAGGCUUGAACGGUACGAGGGCGUCGCAGCGAGUGUUGAGGGUCAUUGCUGAAGUGGAGGAGCAAGCUGCUACUUCUGACAAGCCGACCAGGAGUAAAGGAUGGUUUUACGAUAAGUUCGUCGCGGAACAGACGAUGGAGGCGAAAUUGUCCAAGUUUCAAAACGACGUUAAGGCGAGAAAUGGCUAUGUAGGAUCCUGGUUUGAAGAUUCAUUUAAGUAUACAGCGUGGGUUCAGGUGCACAGAGUGCUGACGGAGAGGGGUCUUCAGGACGUGGAUUGCCAGGAAGCUUAUAACCGCAUCAAGUCUGCGAAGGCUAUUGCCAUAGACGUUCGAGAAGCUGACGAUUAUGCGAAUGCGCACGCCGAAGGUGCAAAAUCCGCGCCUCUUUUUAGACUGAUUCAGGGGAAUGACAUGAAGUCCAAUAUGCGUCGGCUUGGGUAUGCAUUGCUUACUGAUUUCAAGGGCACAGAGAGGAAUCCGGACUUCGUCGCGGCCGCCACUGAGGCCGUGGGAGGCGAUAAGACGAAGCAGGUGAUUGUGUACUGUUCUAUCGGCGGUACUUUGCAGACCUUCGUAGAGCGCAAGGGUCCGAAAGCCAAGAAGUAUAAUGAUCCGGAGAGGCUUUUCGGGCGCCAGUCCCGGUCUCUCAAAGCCAUUUACGAGCUGCAGGAGGCUGGUUUCACAAAUGUCGUGCACAUGAAGGAAGGCUUGAAUCAGUGGAGGCAUUUGGAUCUCCCUCUUGAAGCUAUGGAAUAAUUCCUAAACCAACGCAGAUUUGCAGAACAGUUGUGUGAGAGGUUGUUGACAGACUUCUCCAACAGUACCGUAAGCUGUGUCGGAAGGAGGUGAGUAUCAUGUAGCCUAAGAUCAGUGCCAGGAAUUUUUUUUAUUCGCGAUUUGUCGUCGAAAUUGACGACAUGACAUGAUUCCCCGUUUGGCUCUCGUAAAUAUGGAGCAACAUGUAUUCUAGUCAAGUGCUUCAGUGGCAGAUGAAGAUUAGGUGUUAGAUUGGCUUGGAUUCAGUAAGGAGUUUGGCAGACAAAUUGUCAACGUAUUACGAGCCUGUCUUCGUAUUGUACAUCUGCAGAUUGCAAAUUGGAUUGCAAAAUUUUGGACAAUUGUGUGCAUCGCAUUGAUUGCAACAACACGCCCAGCAUUCUUCAAUUCAA